AUGUCGGCUGCAGUCGCUUCGCUCGGUGAUGGCGGCGAGGGACGUCGUCCCGGAGGGGACGAUAACCAGGACCGCAACACGUUCGGCGGCCGGCAGACGGCGCGUUUCAGGGAGUGCAAGUGCGAGGAUGCGUUCGAGAUGCUCGACUACUUCUACAGCCAAGGCGGCAACUUCAUCGACAACGGCCUGCGGCUAUCAGGAGGGCGAGUCCGAGGUCCUGGUGGGCGAGUGGACGAAGUCGCGUAA